AUGGUGUCACAUUGGCUGCUACAUUUAUGCAGUUUUGUAGAAGCAACAUCAUCAUUAUCAAUACCCAAAUGGUCAGCUUCAAAUAAUUCAUUAAACUUGGCAGCAUGUGUGUUUCCACCAAUGAUUUCGGCGUUAAAUCCAUUUUUUGAUACUUCUAUUGAAAAAAUUGAACAGACGAAUCUUGGUAGUUUGGUUACAAGUGGUAAACCGUUAUUCAUUUUAACGCUGGUGACAGAUUUAUUACGUAGAACACGUCGCGGUACCGAUGUGUCUACUGCAAAUUCAAGUCUGUACGAUACCCAAUUGAGUAGUCAAAGUUUUAUCGAUCAGCCUUGGGAAGAAAUGAUCACUGCAGGUCCAACAGCUAUUCAACUUCUUGGUCAAGUUAUUGUUAUAUCAAGUAGAGCUGAUUUCUCAGUUGAAGAUAGUAAACCUGCCGAUGGUUUCAAAUACAUGCAAUUUCCAAGAUCAUUUCGUGCUACAUUAAUUCAAAUAUCGAACGAAGGUUGGUCAGCAUUUAUGAAUGCGCAUACAAAUAUGAAUAAAAUUCAGUUAUAUAUGCAGCAAGUACCCGAGCAUAUUAAAACAUCAUUACAAAUAAUUGCUUCUGGAACACCUCGACUACUAGAAAACUUAUUGCCAAUGACAUUGCAGAGUAUAUCAAGAAUUGGCCAAGAAUGUGUCAGUCUAUCACAGGAAACGCAUAACAAAUUUGCUGAUGUUAUGGCACUAUUAGGUGAAGUCGUAGCAGUCACAGCACAAUCACAAGGGAUCUAUGGUCAAAAAUUACGCGCAGUAACAAUAGAACUGAAUGCCUCACAAGUAAUGAAAACACAACUAAACAAUAUUGGAGAAGAAAUUGACAAAGAGUAUGCUGAUAUCAAACAAUCAAUAAAAAACGCACAAGAUGCUUAUACGCAAGCAAUGCGAGAUAUACCAACAGGUUGGAGUGCUGUAUUACAAGGUUUGGUACAAAGCAUAGGAAACGUAGUUGUUCGAAGUAUAGGCGGUUUGGUUGAUGCAUUCUCAUCUAAUAUCAAAAACGGCGGUUUAAGUGGAGGAAGAACUGGAUUAGAUGCAGGAAAAGACAUUUUAUCUUAUAGUAAACAAAAAGCAACUUCAACAGCUAGUGGAUUUCUUCAGAACUUACUUGACUUUUCAAAUCGUCUCACAAAUAUUUUACAGAAAGGCAGCUCAGAAAAUCCAGUAGAUAUAUUUAAAGCCUUUAAAUUAGGUUUCAGUACGACAAUAUCGUUACUAAGUGAUAAUGAUGAAUCGAAUCAACAAGUACGCCAAUACAUAACUCAAGGCAUUGAUAUAAUUGAUGAAUUAACUAACAUAUUUAAGUCGGGCUCCAUUAAUUCAUCUGAUACAACUAUUAGCGAAGUGACAGAUAAAAUUUCAGCCCUAAUCAAUGAAGUUAAAUCAUUUGUUAGUGCUGGUGUAGUAAGUGGUAGUAAGGAUGGAGUAGCAUCACCGAUCACAACACAAUUAAGUCCUGAAAGUGGUAUUGGUGCCAACGAAAAAUUUAAAGCCCAACUGGCACGUCAACAACUAGAAAUGGAACUCACACGCUCAGAUGCUAUAUUCUCUCAGAUGAUGCAACAACGAAAAGAAUUAAAAGAUUUAAUGGUUAGAAUUGCUAGUUUAGAUCUAACACAAAUUAGUUAUCAAGAAAUUAUUGAAAUUUUAAAUGAAGCUAUUCGUUUGUUGUCAAAUAUACGUGAGCAAUGGGCGAAAUUAGUACAAUUUUUCUCGGAAAUAGCUGUACGUUCGCAGAUAGCCGUAAAUGAAACAUUAGUACCAUUCGUUGAAAAAGCAAAGCAAGUUAAAGAACAAUCAAAAGACUUAACAACAUACGAACGUUCAUUUUAUAUUGGACUAUUAAAAGAUCAAUCAGUUCGAAUUAAUCAAGAAUCUUAUCUUCUAUUUAUCAUGUCCAGAACAUAUUAUGAUAUAUCAGGCAAGUAUAUGCUUGAUCGUUUAGCUGGUCUAUCAAAGCUGUUGUCAGCCAAAUCAGACGCUGAGCGUACUCAAUUAUCCCAACAAUUAUCAGUGGAAACAAACAAAACACAAGAAGAAAUUGAAAAAUUAGCACGAGAACGAAAACAAGUGUAUAGAACAGCGAAUGAAAGAGGUGAAACCAUUGCCGGCACUACAAACGUAGUUGCGACAGAAGGAUCUGAUUUAUCACUACUGAAUGGUCCUCAAGGAAUAUUUGUUGAUUUGGAUGAUAACGAUACAUUGUACGUAGCAGAUAGGAGAAACAAACGCAUUUUAAAAUUUAAGCAAGGUAAUAUAAAGGGAGAAGUGGUUGUUGCGGAAUCUGACAACAGUGUUUUUGAUCCAACUAAUGUUUAUGUCGAUAACAAAAAAAAUGUGUAUAUUAGAGAUGAAGCUAGUGGUAAUAUUGUGAAAUUCGCUUCAGACAUCAAACAUGCUAGUGUGAGAGUAGCUGGUGGUAGCCAUAAGGGUGAUGGCUUGAAUCAAUUAGACGGUGUCGGCAUUUUCACCAUGGAUCGAAAUAAACAUUUGUACAUAACGGAUAGUCAUAAUCGUCGAAUUGUCAAAUGGGAACCAAAUGUACAAAGUGAAAUUCUGAUUGCUGGUGUAAGUGGAGAGAAUGGAGCCGAUUCUCAUCAUCUACACAAUCCACAAGGCAUAUUUGUUGAUUCGUUGAAUGAUGUUCUGUAUGUUGAUGAUACUGGAAAUCAUCGUAUUCAAAAAUAUCAUCCAGUUGGUAGUAACGUGAUUGCUGAAACUGUAGCUGGAAAUGGUACACACGGUAAUAGUCUAUUUCAAUUGAAUAAAUGGCUAUCACUGUUGAUGGCAAUGAAAAUAUUUAUGUGA